UUGCACCUGUGUCAAUGAACCUUGAGAUUCUACACGUAUCGCAUUGCUCAAGAAAUUAAAGGCAUUUACGUACAGAUUUCCCCAGGACAGAUAGCACGCAUCAAUAACUUCUUUGGUGAUGGAUACACUGCCGACGGAGUAUCCCAAGCUGGAGGCGCUCACAAAGGAGCAGCUCCAGCGGCUGUACGUGAAGAACAAAUUCGAGCUUACCAGACACGUCAGCGCCAGCGUGGGCGCGGAGCCGCAGCGGUACGGCGGAGGCGACUGGAUCGUUCAAUGGCACAAGGCGCCGCCGGGAUCUGAGGUCCACAACCUGCUGGAGCAUCAGGAUGUGCCAGACGAGCACAUCUCCACCGCCAUAAAUAUAGUCAUGCACUCUCUACAAAACAGGCAGUUCAGCUGGGUCACCGGCCCCGGCGAUCAGGCGCGGCUCGAGCAUUUUCUCCAGCAAAAGAACUUCACUGUCGCCGACGAGGCCGCGACGAUGGCGAUUGGUCUACGCCCGAGGGAGAUGACGCGCUAUGUUCAACCACCGAGCGGGGUGACUAUUUCAGACGUCAAUGCCCUGGGUGUUCGGACAUGGGUCCAGACCUGGGCGCCGCAAGCUUCACAGACAGGCAUCGGACAAUGGACUCGGACGUACUACUCGAUGCUAAAAUCGCUCCACCGGAACCAGUUCAGCCUGUUCAUGGCCGAGCGGAACGGAGAUCCGGUCGGGACGGGCUUCCUCCAUUGCUUUGCUGGGGUGGCCUCUGUUCACGCGAUACAUGUGCUACCAGAGGCCCGAGGGCACGGAAUCGGCGGGGCACUCACCUCAUACGCAAUGCAGAAGGCGGCUUCCUUGGGCUAUAAUGUUGUGACACUCACGUCAACGGCUUCCAGCGCCAGGUUGUUUACCUCUGCAGGCUUUCACCCGUUCGGCUAUGUCAAACUAAACAUGUGGCACUCGAUUCGAGAAGCUGAACGCGAAAAACAAGAGAAGGACAAGUUUCUCGAGGCGGAGGAGGAAGGGUGGUGUGUGGUAUGAUCUUAAUAUUUGACGAAGUUAAUUUGGCUCAAGUUGGUAAUUAUGGUACAUUUGGGUGUUGUGACGGGUAAGCGGACAACUUUGGAGUCAUGACAUUAUUUCUAAGCAAGUAGCACGAGCUCCCGCGAGGUUCAACUUGCCACAGAGUGUUGACUCAACUCUA